CCGCAUCCGCAUCGCCGUUGCCGCUGCCGUCGUUAACGGAAGCCACAAAAGCGCUCAUUCCGGAACAGGAACAGGUCGAGGUUGCGCAACUGGAGGAGAAUGUGGAGCUGGUAUGUCGCAGCGCCAUGACGGAAAUGCAUUCGCAUGGCAACGACAACAACGUAAAGAAGGAGCAGGAGCAGGAGAGGGAGAGAGAACGGGAGCAUGGGGGCAUACACGUGGAUAGCCUUUAUUUGCCCGAUUUGCCCGAUCGUCCAUGCUCGGCGAUGUCGGAGCAGUCGGAAAUUAAGUUGGUGGAAGAGGAAAUUGCCGCUGUGCUGUCCGGCGAAUCGGAGGUCCUAAAGGAGCACAAUGUGCUUGGAAUCUUUCCCAAGCCGGGCGUGUGCAUGACCAGCGAUGUGCUGCGCUCCCUCAACGAGGAGGUGACCAAAACGAAGCUGGAAAAGGAGAAGGAGAAUCGCAAAUGGUCGACGUUCCUGCAGCGACCUGAUCGUCCGGUGCCCAAGAGCAAGCAACAGCUGGAGGCGGAACGGCACAAGGCCAAUGCCUACAAGGUGAAGAUAGUCAAGUCGGCGCCACGCGACAAAUCGCCCAUGCCGGAAGCUCCGCCAGCGCCAAAGGAAGCCACCCCACCGCCGCAGGAGGAGGCGCAGGUCGAGCCAGUGGAGCAGCCAGUGGAGCAGCCAGACGAGGAGCCGCUGCCCACGGACAGCGAAGUGCCGAAUCUGGAACAAUUGCCAGACAAUGGCAACACCAGCAACAACAACAACAACAACAAAGAGGACGCGCCCGAGGAAACGGAAGGCGAGCAGUUAGAGAAAACGGAUACGUCCAAAGAGGUGUCCGAAGAGCGGGCUGAGCGCGAGGCCGAGUCCGAGGCAGGGAAAGAGCCGGAGGCAGCUAAACAAACAGCCCCGGCUGAGCCUAACGAGCUGCAGCCCGAGGCCGAUGCGGCAACUCCACCCAAAACCGAUGAGGAACUGGCACUGGAAAAACAACUGGCCGAUGUGCAAAAACAGCUCGCGGCCCUCUCCACGCUGCCCUCGACCAUACAAUCGACCCUGGACGCGGUGACCAAGCAGCUGGCCGAACUGCUGCCCACAUUUAAGCUGCAGCAACAGGAGCAAAACCAGCAGCAGCAGCAGCAAAUCGAUGGGCAGCAGGCGGAACUGUCGACAGCCGAGGAGGACGAGUAUGAAGCUCUGUCCAAUUCUGCGGCUGGCAGGGAGCAGCUGCAGCCGGAAGGGACGACAGCACCUGAAAAUAAUGAGGAUAAAUGCGAUGCCAAUGACCUGGAAGUGGCAGAAAUUUCGCUCUCGAAUGGCGACAAUCGCCAGCUGGAGGAGCAGCUCAGCGAGGAGCUUUGCUUCAAGAAGCAAAAGAAACACAAUGUCAUUGAGGAGCUCGAGGAGCAUUUGGUGCGCAAAAACAAUCCCAGGCGUUCGAAGCGCGCCUUUGGUCCCCUGACGCCAUCAUCGGAGCGUCCUUUGGUGCUGCCCGGCGGCAGGCGCUGGUACAGACCCAAGGAUGCCUACAAUGAUGAAUUCAUAGCCGAAACACUGAGCGCCCAGGCGGAGCUUAUAACGGGCAGCACGCUAGGGGUCAACUUUAUGAAGUACCAAAAGCCGGAGCGCAAAAUCGACCUCAAUCGCAGCGAGGUAUACAAAGUCAUACAUCAUCUGGACAGGGCGCCAGUGCGUGGCAUUGAGGUGCGUGCCCCGCUUGUGGCAGCCGAAUCGGACAUACGCCAGGCAUUGCAGUCAUAGAAUUCAAUGCACCCAAUUUAGCCCAUCAUAAAGAAAGAACUCUGUUAAAUUUAAAAUCAACAAACGAACAAACAAACAAAUAAUACUCUUACAAUAAGCAGCUCACGA